AUGCCUGAACUCCACGGUAUCAUGGUGGCCCUGAUCACCCCCUUCACAGACGAUCAAACCAAGAUCGACGAAGCCCGUCUGGAAGAGCACAUCGAGCACCUCAUCAAAGCUGGCAUCCACGGUCUGGUACCGGGCGGUAGCACCGGCGAAUUCACAACAAUGACAACCGCCGAGCGCAAGCAGCUCGCCGAACUCUGUAUCAAGUAUGCCGCUGGCCGAAUCCCAGUGGUCGUUGGCACAGGCAGUACCCUUACUGCUGAGGCUGUUGAGCUAUCAGUACACGCUGGACAAGCUGGCGCAGCAGCCGUCAUGGUUGUGCCUCCUUUCUACGAUCCGCUCAACCUGGAAGAACUUCAUGACCUUCUACAGGAGAUUCAUACCGAGUCCAAGCUCCCAAUUAUGUACUAUAACAUCCCAGGUGCCUCAGGAAUGAAGCUCACACCUACUGAGUUGGCGGGCCUAUCGAAGGUUGGCGUUAAGUAUAUGAAGGAUACCUCCGGUGAUGCACCUGCAUUGACAGAGAUGCUUGUCGGACACUCGGAUAAGAUUAUUUCGUUCAAUGGGUGGGAUAGCUUGACAUUCUUUGGACUGGUUUCUGGAGCGCCUGGUGGUGUUUGGGGCGCGGCUAACUUCAUCCCGGAGUUGGCUGUUGAGCUUUAUGAGGCUAUCUCUGUUAAGGGUGAUUUGAAGCGAGGAAGAGAGCUGUGGGCCAAGGUUUGGCCUAUUUGCAAGUUCUUGGAGUCGCAUAACUAUUGUGCUUCUGUUAAAACAGGCGUUGAGUUGAUUGGACAGCAGACUGGUGGUCUGCGCAAGCCUAUCUCUUUGCUGAAGCCUGAAUUGCAGGCUGAGUUGAAGGCAUUGAUUGACAAUGCUGGUGUCAAGACUGUUUAA